AUUUGAGGUUAGAAUUUAUAUAAACAAAAGUUUAUUAAGAGAUAAGCUUUUGCGUAUUUGUUUGUUAUUAGUUGUUAUAGCAACGAAUAUUGAUUAUGAAAACUUGUCACAGAAGAACCAUCAGUAUUGUUUUGAAUUUCUAAAAAUGUGGCAAAACAACGAAGUUAGAUUCGACAUUUCCUUUUCGCAAUUAGAAAUGCGAUUAGGAGAAGUGAUUAUUGAUAAAUUGGAGAAUAUUGAGGACAAUAAAGGGAAUGCCGGCGAUCGUGGAAGAUUAUUAAUUACAAAUUUGAGAAUUAUUUGGCAUUCAUCGGGUUAUCCUCGUAUUAAUUUAAGUAUUGGAUAUAAUACGUUUGUAUCAGUAACCACAAGAGCUGUUGCUCGAGUGUUUAGCAGUAACACACAAGCCCUGUAUAUUUUAUCAUCGUUUCGAAGUUGUAGAUAUGAAUUUUUAUUUAUAAAUUUAGAUCCAAAGAAUAAUCGUCAUUAUACAUCGGUAUUAGGUGUUUAUAGAUCGUACAUAUCAUCGAAAUUAUACAGGGAAAUUAAAUUGAGAGGUGCAAUUAUUCACGAUAAACGUCUUACUAUUUUACCGCAAGAGAAUAUUCAUUCAACUUUAAAUGGCGUUUGGAAUUUAUCAACAGAACAGGGAAAUGUGGGAAUAUUCAUUGUAACUAAUGUGAGAAUUGUUUGGUUUGCUGACAUGAAUCAACAAUUUAAUGUUUCUUUACCAUAUUUAGUAUUUUCAACUGUAAAUAUAAGAACAUCGAAAUUUGGACCAACUCUAGUGAUUGUCAGCAAUGAGGGAAGUGGCGGCUAUGUUUUAGGUUUUCGAAUAGAUCCCAUAGAGAAACUUCAUUUGAUUCACAAGGAAAUUAAAGCACUUCUUGCAACGUACAAUAAAUCUCCAAUAUUUGGAGUUGAAUAUACACCUGAACAUAAUGCGCCUGUAGAACGUAAAAUAGAUCUCAAUGAAUUUUCCGAAAUAGAAGAAAUCGCCGAGGACGAAAUUUCAAAUGUCCUUGGUGUUUAUUUCAAUGAUGGUGAGGAAAGUAAUCGUAUUCCCGUAUACAAUAAUUAUGUUGGUUUAAUGGUAGAGGAAUUAAAAGAAAAUACUACUAUGCAACAAUUAUGGGAAUUAAUACCGUCGACAUCAUCUCAAAAUACGAAAUAGAAAACAAUGAAAAAGAAAAAAAAACCAAAAUGAUUAACUUAAAAAAAGAAAAAUUAUAAUUCAAUAAACUUACAAUAUUUUUA